AUGAUGCCUUCACUCGCCGCCUCUAACGCCGAUGAUCCGCCGCCGCCGCGAGCAUUCAACCAACCACCGUUGCCGUCAUUGUUUUCCUCACUGCCGAUCGACAUAGCCUGGAACAUUUUAGUCCGCGUCCCGAAACGCUAUCGCCCAAUCCUCGCGUGCGUCUCCAAGAAGUUCUGUUACCUUGUUCGUUCGCCGGAGAUUCACCGGAUUAGGUCUCUCCUCGGCAAAGAUUCGCUCUACAUCUGCUUCAGUGACCAAAACACUCGCAGGAACACCCUAAAUUGGUUCUAUCUCCACAGAUACUGGUUCACCCUCCGCAGGAUCGAGAACUACCCAACAGAGAAUCAGCUCGCCGCCGCCGCCAAUCUCGUGUUUCCUUACGAUUACGAUCCCAACCCUUCGGCGAUCGCGAUUGUCGGUGACAAGAUAUUCGUGAUCGGAGGCUUUAGAGGCGACGAGAUUCAAGCGGAAUCAUUUGACCUAAAGACGCAAACUUGGGAACAAGCGCGGGAUCCUGAGUAUAAAUGGCCGUGGGAUCAUUCGAAAUCUGCUGUGUCGUUGGACAAGAAGGUUUAUGCGUUACUGUCACAUGAACAAAUCGCUGUUCAGUACGACACCAGAGACGGUUCUUGUGGGAGUUUUGAGUUGCCAAAGGGCGAUGACUGGUGUGAAGCGGGCGUGUGCGUGGCGGAGAACGUGCUCUACGUUUACUACGCAAGGUUCGGGCUGAUGUGGUUUGACUCUGAGCUGAUGUUGUGGAGAGUGGUGAACGGACUGAGUGAUCUAAAAAAGAUUCGAUGCGUUGGAAUGGCGGAAUACUAUGGAAAGAUGGCGGUUCUGUGGGAAGAAUCGAGCGGUGAUAGUGGUGAAAGGAAGGAGAUUUGGUGUAGAAUGAUUGCUUUGGGCAGGAGUGAAGUAGGGAUCCAUGGGACUGCUGAGACGGCUCAGCUUCUGGGGAGUGUCCUUCUUGGCUAUAGAAUGGAGUGUUGUCUCUCUGUUUCGGAUUGA